AGAGUCAGUGGCAGCUAGUAGGCCGGCGAUGACGACCGCCGAGCGCAACCCGAACGGGAAGGGGAGUCACCUUCGGUCGGAGUCGUGACAAUUUCAAUGAAAUUACGUGGAAAGAAGUUGAAUUUACGUCUGUGCCCAACAGAUAGGCGUCUGGUGAUGGAGCAGCGGCUGGUGGCUACGUGCUGGUUGUGUCUCCUGCUCUUUGCCUUGCUGUGUGAGCCUGUCCUGUCCAAGGGCGGCCGCGGGGGGGGCAGGGGUUCAUCUCGGGGCUCGUCUCGUAGCAGUGGCCGUUUCCGGAUCAGGACCCAUUCAACAAAGGCCUGGUUCAAGACCAUGCCUGGGCGCUCAUCCCCAGUGCGUGUUGCGAGCGCGGCGGCAGCUGGUGCGGCAGUUGCAUUAACAGCUGAUAGAUUGCACCGCUCAGCCUACCGGUGCAGUCAUGUCAACUCGGAUUAUGAUGGGGAGGAUUACAACAGGACCGUUUGCUACAUGACCAGAGUGUCAGGAUCCAAUCAGAACCAACCGUCACUCUCAUACAUCUCUGUCAUCAUCGUCGCUUCUGUAUUCCCCAGAUAUGUUCACGUAUUAGAGAAUAUACUUUAGAUGCGUAUAUUUGUUAGAUAAUGAUAUUUAUGAUUUAAUAAGGCAAAAUAAUCAGCAUACAUGUAUAGGAGCCUGGUGGCUCGAUCUACAGGUCUGUUAUCAUGCCCUGAGGAGGCAAAGCUUCUUUAGCAUCUAAGUCAGAAGUCAGGAUGGCCAGACAAUGGUGGAAACUAAAAUGUAUAAGUUUAUAAGUCAGCAUCACAUUAUUUGUGGGGAAAAAAUCUUUCACUUAAAGUAGCUGUCCAGUGUCCAAGAUUUGUAUGAAAUAUUACUGAAUAAUGAAUUACAAUAUGAGGGAAAUUAGAAAUAAAGUAUGUUAAAAAGCA